GCGCACCCUAUGAACAAGAAAAAGAAUAUAUAAAAAACUUAAAAGGCAAGCCAAAGGUAAAAAUCCUUGUAAAUUGGAUGACCAUUUCCUAGAUCAUGUAUACCAAAUAUAUUGAGCAAGUAAAUCCAACAAAGAGCAUCUAAGCACAAAACAAACAAAUCCUUAAGCUAUAGCAAUUUUUAAAAAAUUGGAAACAAGGUGGGGGAAAGUUUUGCGUACACACUACCCACCCAUACCCUACUUGUGGGAUCACACUAGGUAUAUAAUUGUUAUUGUUGUUAUGGAAACCAAUGCAUAUGGACAAUUAAAAGCAUAUAAUUGGCCUGUGAUGAAAAUGACUGCAAGAUUAUAUAAUACAUGGACUUGACCUAUAUAAACUCUGAUAUACCCCUACUAUUUUUUCAUCAAACAAGUGCUCUCCCCCUCCAAGAAAUACUACUCUUUAUUUUCUUCUCAGAACAUUAUGGCUGUCACCACCUUCACUGAGGAGAACACUUCUCCACUUCCUCCCAAAAGAAUAUUCAAGGCCUCCAUUGUUGAUUCUCAUAACUUGAUUCCAAAGUUGAUGCCACAAGUUAUCAAAAGCAUUGAAGUUCAAGGUGACGGAGGUGCUGGAAGCAUCAAGACUAUCAAUUUUCCUGACGGUGGAAAUUUCAAGUCCAUAAAGCAUUGUGUUGAUGAGCUUAAUGAGGAUACAUACACAUAUAAGUACACAUUGAUCGAAGGUGAAGGACUGGUAGACAACCUUGAGAAGAUUACUUAUGACGUGAGGUUUGAGCAGACAGCCGAUGGUGGUUCCAUAUCUAAGGUGACUAGCUCAUACUAUACUGUGGGAGAUUUCAAGCUCAAGGAUGAGGAAAUCAAGGCAGGAAAGGAGAAGGUUUUGGUGAUGUUCAAAGCUGUAGAAGCCUAUCUCCUUCAGAAUCCUGAAGCCUAUGCUUAGAGGGUUGCUAUGUUA